AUGGCGACCGCAGCGUCUAACCACUACAGCCUGCUCACCUCCAGCGCCUCCAUCGUGCACGCCGAGCCGCCGGGCGGCAUGCAGCAGGGCGCGGGGGGCUACCGCGAGGCGCAGAGCCUGGUGCAGGGCGACUACGGCGCGCUGCAGAGCAACGGGCACCCGCUCAGCCACGCUCACCAGUGGAUCACCGCGCUGUCCCACGGCGGCGGCGGCGGGGGCGGUGGCGGCGGCGGCGGGGGCGGGGGUGGCGGCGGGGGCGGCGGCGACGGCUCCCCGUGGUCCACCAGCCCCUUGGGCCAGCCGGACAUCAAGCCCUCGGUGGUGGUACAGCAGGGCGGCCGCGGCGACGAGCUGCACGGGCCGGGCGCCCUGCAGCAGCAACAGCAACAGCAACAGCAGCAGCAGCAGCAGCAACAGCAGCAGCAGCAGCAGCGGCCGCCGCAUCUGGUACACCACGCUGCCAACCACCACCCGGGGCCCGGGGCAUGGCGGAGCGCGGCGGCUGCGGCGCACCUCCCGCCCUCCAUGGGAGCGUCCAACGGCGGCUUGCUCUACUCGCAGCCCAGCUUCACGGUGAACGGUAUGCUGGGCGCCGGCGGGCAGCCGGCCGGGCUGCACCACCACGGCCUGCGGGACGCGCACGACGAGCCGCACCACGCUGAUCACCACCCGCACCCGCACUCGCACCCGCACCAGCAGCCGCCGCCGCCCCCGCCGCCCCCGCAGGGCCCUCCCGGCCACCCCGGCGCGCACCAUGACCCGCACUCGGAUGAGGACACGCCGACCUCGGACGACCUGGAGCAGUUUGCCAAGCAGUUCAAGCAGCGGCGGAUCAAACUGGGAUUUACCCAAGCGGACGUGGGGCUGGCGCUGGGCACCCUGUACGGCAACGUGUUCUCGCAGACCACCAUCUGCAGGUUUGAGGCCCUGCAGCUGAGCUUCAAGAACAUGUGCAAGCUGAAGCCUUUGUUGAACAAGUGGUUGGAGGAGGCGGACUCGUCCUCGGGCAGCCCCACGAGCAUAGACAAGAUCGCAGCGCAGGGGCGCAAGAGGAAAAAGCGGACCUCCAUCGAGGUGAGCGUCAAGGGGGCUCUGGAGAGCCAUUUCCUCAAAUGCCCCAAGCCCUCGGCCCAGGAGAUCACCUCCCUCGCGGACAGCUUACAGCUGGAGAAGGAGGUGGUGAGAGUUUGGUUUUGUAACAGGAGACAGAAAGAGAAAAGGAUGACCCCUCCCGGAGGGACUCUGCCGGGCGCCGAGGAUGUGUACGGGGGGAGUAGGGACACGCCACCACACCACGGGGUACAGACACCCGUCCAGUGAACUCGAGCGGGGGGGAGGGGCAGAGCGCGGGGCUCCCCCUCCCCUUCGGUCCGCGACCCUUUCCCGGCCCCCUUGUUCCC